UUAAGUGACUGUGGAUGGAUGGUCAUGUGAUGGUCUAAUCCCCAGGGAUUUUCUGCCAGGAAUUCACUGUAGGCUCCCUUCCUCCUUCCAUCCUUUCUUAUUUGAGUAGAAAUGAUCUAAUAUUUUCCUGCAUCCAGCUGCCUGCUCGGCUCUUCUUUCAGACGGAUCUGUUGUUGGCUGAUAGUAACAUCUUUGACUGUGACUGAGGAUUGGAUUAUGUGUUAGAACACUGUCCUUUUACACAAUUCAUCAAUAUGCACACAGUGGAAUACAUGCGCAGUGGUAAGGGACGGAAGCCGGGACAUGCCAGCAUUUUUACAUGUAGCUGAUUGGCCCACUACAGUCAAGCCCCAGUAUAUUGUAGGUACCUGCUACUGACAAGAAGACUAUAAUAGAGAAAGCAGAGAAGAAAGUCAAGGAAGGACAGGUGAAAGAAGACACAGUGAUUUGGAAAUGAAUGGAAAGGUGAACACUGCAGCUAAGAAGAUCACUCACUGCAACAGUGUAAGAGUGGUGUCAGACCUGUCUCCACAAGCCCAGUCUACUCGGACCUCUCAUACUUCCAGAAAAGCCACAUUUGGGAAGCGCUCCAACUGUAUGAGCAGGAAUCCUAAAGCAGAGGUGACAAAACAGGGAUGGCUGUACAAGCAGUCCAGCAGUGCGGUGAAGCAAUGGAACAAGAGGUGGUUCGUCCUCACUGACCGAUGUCUCUUCUACUACAAAGAUGAAAAGGAGGACAAGGUGUUAGGCAGUUUGCCGCUACUCAGUUUCCAAAUUGGAGCAGUCGAGCCUUUGGAUAACAUCACCCGCAAGUUUGCCUUUAAGGUGUGGGUGGAGGAUGAGUGUGAGGAUGGAGAUCUGAAGAGUACUGUUGUGUUUUGCAUUCAGGCAGAACACACUGGAACCAGGACAUACUACUUCAGCACAGACAGCCAUGAGGAGCAAGAAGAGUGGAUCAGAGCCAUGAGUGAGGCUUCAAAGGUCAAAGUUCAUCAAAGUCCAACACAGAGAACAAUCUCUGACACCAUAGCUGAUCUCCAUCACACCAUGGUGACCAAAGCACCCGACUCGCAACAGCAUCCCCACACACAAACCUACAACGAAAAUGACAGAGACCUGCCCCAAUACUGUAACAUUGUUAGAGUCGACAGCCUUGAGACAUCCCUACCCUCCACCCCCCUCUCAAACCUGGAGGGAAAGAAGAAUGAUGAAAGACAAGGAGAAGGUGCUGACAAAGGGGGAGGACUAGAUUCUGACGUCCCUCAUUCAAAUCACCAUUCAAAUGAUUGUGGCAAUUACGGCCCUUGCAAAAGCAUACCACACACCAGCAAUAGCAAACCCCCUCCAUCCUGGAGUAACAGCGGACAUUGUGCCCCUCAGGGACACCUACAGGGUGCUGGCCAAACAGACGAUGUCCAGGAGAAGCAAGACACCAUGAUGCUAAGGAGGGACUUUGUGUCUAGAACAGUCCCAGAGAGGGUGGCCCAGAGGAAGAGUUCCAUGGCCCAGCUGCAGCAGUGGGUUAACCAGCGGCGGAGCAUGGUUUCCCAAGACAUAAUAAGCCAGUCACGUUACUACCACAUGAACCAUGGGGUCUCGGCUGACUAUUAUGGCUACCCUGGUAUCCCCCAGUAUUUGGAGCAGUAUUCUAUGUAUCCGCCAGGCAUUAGACCUGAUAGUAUCUGCUCUGUCUCUGCUGUGGGAGGAUAUGAUCAACACUGGACUGUCCAGGAGAAGCGCAACUCGCUGAGGGAUGGACCCCAUCAAAUGUAUGGACACCUAAUGCCCAGGGAUCACUGGGGGCAACAAUACUCUGGUGGAAUGGAAACAUCCAUGAGGCGUCUGUCUGUCCAGCCACGUUCCAGGUCUGUGCCUAGGUCACCAUCCUCAUCAUCAGGGGGCCCCUACUCACCAGGGCCAGCCAACUUUGUCUCACCAGCUCGAUCACCAUCAAUCCACUUUGACCAGUUUCCAGGGAGGAUAAGGGAUGAAGUGAUCUAUGACGAUUCAUCUGUCCACAGCCUAAGGAAAUCCCUCAGCUCCCUGAAGUAUGAUUACCCUGGCAGUAGGAGAUCCUUAAGCCAAGGAUUAUACCACUUCAACUACCCAGUGUCCCCUUUGAUCCACAAUAAGAUGGUGCCUCCUUUCCAUGAUGUCUACAGCAGAGAGUUACAUCCCACACUGAAACUCAAUGAGAUUGAAACGAGUAAACUCCUGGGUCGACUGUGUGAGCAGAACCAAAAUUUGAAAGAUCAUGAGGCUGUUGUCCACAGACUGAGAAUGGACAAGGAUAGCCUUGAGGAAGCUCUGGUGGCAACUCAUCAGGAGAUGGAGCUGUAUCAUAACCAGCCUUUAACCAUGGAAAAGCUGCAGUUUAAAAAGGAAACCCUGCAAAAACAGCUCAUCAACAUCAGAGGGGAACUCUCACAGGCCUCCAGCGCUUUAACCACCACUCACAUGGAGUUUGAAGCAUUAGAGGAUGAGGCCAACGCCAUACAUGGAGAUCUAUGGGAGCAGCUUAAUGCAGGAGGGCAGAGUGAACUGGUUCGUAAGCACAUCCAGAAAGAAUUUUGGAGAGUACAGGAUGUAUUAGAGGGACUGCACAAGAAUAACUCAUCCAGAGGUGCUGACACAGCCAAGCACAGAGUGAGCAGUGGUGCACCAGGUUCCUUCAGCACCAAUAGUCCAGCCAGUCCCCUGAGCUCAGUAAGCCUCACCAGCCCACUCAGCCCCUUCUCCCCAGUGCCCGGCUCACAGGCCUCGCCCACCAAACAGUUUUGUCUAGAGGAAAGUGUUCCCCCAAGGCCUCCCCUUCCAAAGUCUUAUUACCCUUUGGAGCCCUCCUCUACCCUAACUCCUUCCACCCCCCUCCUGCCUUUUGACAGCACCGACUGGGUAUGCAGCUUGGGGAUGGAUGAUGGUUACUUUGACGCUGAAGAUUCUCACAUCAGAAAGGUACUUAGGUGUUUCCACCCCUAUGUUGUACUCACUACAUCCAGUUCAAACUAUUGUCCAGUGUCAUCUUUUAAAUAUUUUUUUUUUAAAAUUGCUGAGGCACCUAUAAAUUAAAACGUCCUUCUUCUUUCCAAAUCACAAUAUUUUCAAAUGCUCUGCCCAUUGUCUGUGAUUUUCUCAUCUGACUGCAUAAAAUCCUUGUUCCACACAAGGCUCCUUUAGCUCUUUUAGAUGCCUUUCAUUAGAAGGCAUGUUAGCUGCGUGCUGUAACAGAAAAGUCUUGUUAACCAGUCAAACUGUCUCUGUGCCUAUUUUUGUGGUGUAGUAUUAGUGAUGUAGUGAUGUAAGUAUGUGGUUACAACAGGAAGCAUCACAACGAAAGUCAUUUCCACAUUCUUUGGAUUUAGGUGGUGCUGGAAGCUUAGUAGACCAAGUCUCUUUGAGUUAACACAGGGAAUUUACAGAUGAAUGCUCAAAUAGCUGGAUCAGGUAUCUAUGACACAACCUUCUUGAGACCAAUCUGUCAAAUUCAGUUCCAUGUGCCUUUGUGUGCUAAAUUUUGAUUUCUGUUCAUUUGAAUGUUUUUUCCCAAGUUACCUGUGUGAAUUUGAAUUUGA